AUGCCUUGCAAAUCGCGAUGGCCGUUGACAACACCGAACAUGUCUAUCCCAACGUUCAUGUUUGGACCGCCAGAAUCGAACAUUAAUAACACUGAAAAGGUUAUCAUCGACGCUAAACGUCCCGGUUCACACUUCUUAACUCUUCAUAGCUACCGACAAUGGUCUAGAAGAUUUGCAGCUGGCCUGGUUGCUGCCGGCUUGAAGAAAGGAGAUCGUGUAAUGCUCUUCUCCGGAAACGGAAUCUUCAAUCCGGUAGUGGUCAUGGGUGCGCUCAUGGCUGGUGGAAUCUACAACAGCGCGAAUCCUGCAUACACUCCUCGCGAGCUUCGCCACCAACUCAAAGAUGCAGAGCCUUCUUUUGUUUUAGCGGCAGACAAUUGUAUCGAAAAGGCGUUUGAAGCAGCAGACGAUCUUGGGUUUGAUAGGAAGAAGAUCUUUCUAUUCACCGAGCUCCCUACAGUUCAGCACGAUGCUACAUUCAACCAGGGCGACACACAGCAUUGGAGCUCGCUUGUCAGUGAUGCUCGUGCUGGCCGGCAGUUUAUGUGGGAGGAAUUCAACAGUAUGGCCGCCGCCGAUCGAACCGCCAUCUUGAUCUACUCCUCCGGAACGACUGGACUCCCCAAGGGUGUCGAACUAUCGCACAGAAGUAUCAUCUCAAAUAUGCUACAGUUGGAAAAAAUUCAACUUGCGGACAAGAGUAUCAGGAAGAGAUUGUGCCUCUGCGUUGUUCCCAUGUACCAUGCCUUGGGCCUCGUUUACUACAUUUUCUUCGCACCAAAAUGGGGGUUGGAAACAUAUCUGAUGGAAAGAUACAACUUACCGGAUAUGCUGGAUCAUAUCCAGCGGUUCAAGAUUACAGAGCUGGUGUUGGUACCACCGAUAUUGGUUGCAAUGGCCAAGCACCCGUCAGUCAGAGAUGGCACUUGCGACAUCAGCAGCGUUCGUAAAGUGGUCGCCGGAGCUGCGCCAAUCGGUAUGGAGGUCACAAAACAAUUCGAAGAAUUAUGGAACGGGAAAGUCCUAGUACGCCAGGCAUGGGGCAUGUCAGAAGCCCCGGCUAUCACAUUCUGCUGGGACGAGCGCAUGAGGACCGGUGCCUCGUCAGUAUCGAUUGGUGAACUUGUGCCAGGGGCCGAGGCCAAGCUUAUGAAGGAAGACGGGACCGAAGAGACAGGCAUAGGUAAACGUGGUGAGCUAUGGAUCCGCACCCCAAAUGGUAUGACUCGUUAUUGGGGAAACCGCAAGGCCACGGAGGACACAAUGACAAGUGAUGGGUGGUUGCAAACGGGCGACGUUGCAUUCUGUGACGAGCAAGACAGAUGGUAUAUGGUUGACAGGAUAAAGGAGUUGAUAAAGGUACGCGGCGCACAGGUCGCACCGGCAGAGCUCGAGGCUCUACUGCUUGAGCAUCCGCAGAUCGUCGACGCAGCUGUUAUUGGGGUCAAAACACCAACGGACGACGAGAAUCCUCGCGCAUAUGUUGUGCCUGCACCCUUGAAACCCGGAAUGACGUCUCUUCGCGAGGAUGAUGUUGUUGAGUUUGUCAAUACCCGUGUGUCCAAGGUUAAGCAUCUCACAGGAGGCUGUGUGUUCACGGAUGCCAUCCCGAAGAAUCCUUCCGGUAAAAUUUUGAGGAGGCAAUUGAGGGAUCAAGCAGCCAAGGAGGGAGAAUCUACCGCUAAGCUCUAG